AUGGCUCGGCCGAGAGACUCGCGCUCACCAAGUCCUGCAGGCAGCACCCACAGUUCUCGCCGUCGCCGCAAUGAUGAUCGUCGAGCUAGGGAUCGGCGUAACGAUGGACGGGACCAUCGGCGACGUAGCAGAUCACGCAGUCCAGAUGUGAGAAGGCAACCAUCUAACUAUGACCGGUUUUAUUCUGACGAUUUUAUCCAUGAACAGCCCAGAAACCGCGACCGCGAAAGAGAUCGAGACCAUGGGCGAGAUCGAGAUUAUUAUCGACGGAGAGACCGCUCUAUAGACCGGCGCGACGACAAUUAUUACCGGGGUGGACGACGAGACCAUCGCGAAAGAGAUCGGAGGAGAUCCCGAGAACGCUACGAUGGUCGCAAUCGAUCACCAGAUAGGCGACAUAACCAUAGCAGAGAAGGUGAUCGGGAUGUGAGAAGGCGAGACGACUCCCGCAACCGCACCCCUGGGCGCCGUGAGGGUACGGCUGACUCCCUUACUCGCAGCAUUCGUGAAGACGGCAGAACACAGAAGAUCUCACUUGGCGGCAGUGGGAAACCCGAUACUGAGGAGGUUCGAUCGCAGUCUCUCUUUCAUGAAAGUAUUGCUAAUGGAUAUCGAUUGCAGGCUCCCAAGGCAGAUUCUGGACAGCCGGAGGUCGACAAGAAGGCUGAAAGAUUAGCCAAACUUGAAGCAUGGAAGAAGAAGAAAGAGAAUGCCAGCCAGAAACAAAAAGAAGUAAAUCCGAGCCAGACAAGGAACCUCUUGGCUGAAAUGGACAAGAAAGCGAGUGGGACGUCCUCAAAAACAGUCUCUCCAUCAGUUUCUGCAACUGCUUCGCCGGCUGCAACACCGACUGUUGCCUCACCUGUCGUCCCAUACUCUGGCAAGUUUGACCCUAAGGCCAUCGCAAAGAAGUCGGCAGCUUCCCGGGCACACGAAGGCGUAAAACCAGCCUUGGGGUCUCUGGGGGGGCAGCCCGAAAAGCUCCCGGUCCCUGCUAAGCCCUCAGUGCCUCUAAAACCGUCUAUCAGCGGUAGGUUCUCAUCCUUGGUUCUCCGCUCAAGCUCAGUUGACCAACCUAUCUUAGCAUCAGCUCUCCCUGCGAAUCGAACAAAAGCUAGUGGGUUUGGAUUCGUGAAGAAUAACGCAGAAACUGACAAGCUCCCCGCCAAACGGAAGCUUGAUUUGGAUGAAGAAGACACUACUAAACGAAAACUUACUAAACUUCCUGCCCUGCCCAUCGAAGCUGAUGACACUCCAUAUGCCGAUCAAGAUGAUGAUGAAUCUGAUGGGGACAACUUCGCGGAGACUGAAGAGGAGGCCGCCGCCGCCGCCCGUGCAGCUCACGAGAGACGGUUGCAGGCAGAGAAUCAAAUGGAUACGGGUGAGGAAGAGUCAAAGACGACCGAAACCCAGAUCAAUGGAGAUACCAUGUCAAACAACACCGCUGAACCCGACACCACCACACAUAUGGAAGUUGACGAGGAGGAGGAUGACGUUGAUCCACUGGAUGCAUUCAUGGCUGAUCUCAGGCAGACAGACGUGAAACAGCCGGCUAGGACAUCCAAAGCGCAAAAGAUCCAGGAGCCGGAGGCUUACUUCAGCGAUGAUGAAUAUGAUUUCAAUAAGAAGGACACGGGUGACGCAAACGCCUUACUAGCUAUGGCUGCGAAGCGAAAGAAGAAAGACAUUCCAGCGAUUGAUUACAGCAAGAUCGAAAUUGAACCUAUUCGCAAAAACUUCUGGGUCGAGCCUGCUGAACUCAGCCAACUCACAGAGGCCGAGGUAGCUGAUCUUCGCCUGGAACUUGACGGCAUCAAGGUCAACGGAAAGGAUGUUCCCAAGCCUGUUCAGAAAUGGGCGCAAUGUGGUCUGACGCGACAAACACUCGACGUCAUUGAUAACUUGGGCUUUGAGAAACCUACCCCCAUCCAGAUGCAGGCUCUUCCUGCUCUCAUGUCAGGCCGCGAUGUCAUCGGCGUGGCGAAGACUGGUUCGGGAAAGACAAUGGCUUUCUUGCUUCCCAUGUUCCGGCACAUUAAGGACCAGCCUCCACUGAAAGAUACAGAUGGUCCUAUCGGAUUGAUCAUGACUCCAACACGAGAACUUGCCGUCCAGAUUCAUCGAGACUGUAAACCUUUUCUCAAGAUGAUGGGUCUUCGAUCUGUCUGUGCUUACGGUGGAGCGCCCAUCCGAGAUCAGAUUGCUGAACUCAAACGUGGCGCGGAGAUCAUUGUGUGUACACCUGGUCGAAUGAUCGAUCUUCUAGCUGCGAACCAAGGGCGGGUCACUAAUCUCAAGCGAGUCACGUAUGUUGUUCUUGAUGAAGCCGAUCGAAUGUUCGAUAUGGGCUUCGAGCCUCAGGUCAUGAAGAUCUUCGCAAAUAUGCGACCUGACAGGCAGACUAUCCUCUUCUCGGCUACGAUGCCUCGCAUCAUCGACUCGCUGACCAAGAAGGUACUCAAUAAUCCUAUCGAAGUUACAGUGGGCGGUCGUAGUGUUGUGGCAAAGGAGAUUGAUCAGAUCGUUGAAGUUCGAGAUGAGCCAUCCAAGUUCCUGCGUGUUCUCGAACUGCUUGGAGAGCUCUAUGACCGUGAUGAAGAUGCCCGCACCCUCAUUUUCGUGGAACGUCAAGAAAAGGCCGAUGAUUUAUUGAAAGAGCUUAUGAUCAAGGGUUACCCCUGCAUGUCCAUUCAUGGAGGUAAAGAUCAGAUUGAUCGUGAUUCUACCAUCUCAGACUUCAAGAAGGGUGUAGUGCCUAUCUUGAUCGCUACUUCGGUGGCAGCUCGUGGUCUUGAUGUCAAACAACUCAAGCUCGUUAUUAACUACGACGCACCGAACCACUUGGAGGAUUAUGUUCAUCGUGCUGGCCGAACUGGUCGUGCUGGCAAUACCGGUGUCGCUGUCACAUUCGUCACACCAGAGCAGGAGAACUGCUCUGUUGGCAUUGCCAAGGCUCUUGAACAGAGUGGGCAGCCAGUGCCAGAAAGGCUGGACGAGAUGAGGAAAGCUCACCGUGAAAAGGUCAAAUCUGGCAAGGCCAAAGAUACUUCUGGCUUUGGCGGCAAGGGUCUCGAUCGUCUUGAUCAGGAACGAGAGGCUGCCCGUCUCCGCGAGCGCAAGACCCACAAGGCCGAGGGCGAGGAGGAGGAGGUCAAAGAAGAUAAGAAGGAAGAGGAGGACGACAAGGCAGAGAAGGCUCUCAGUGCAAUCCGCGCAGCAGCAUCAGGCGUUCAAGCCCGCGAGUCAGCAAAGGCUGAUGGCGCAGAAGUCAAGCCUACUCAACAGGCAACCAUUACUGGUGGAGUGAAAGACAAGUCCAAAGACCCGCUUGACAAGGUCAGUUCAGCCGUGUCCGCCAUCAACAGCCGCCUCGGAAAGGCUGGCCAACUUCGCGCUGGUCAGCCCAUCGACAACAAGGGCCCAGACGCCGGUGCGUUCCAUGCCACAUUGGAAAUCAACGAUUUCCCUCAAAAGGCCAGAUGGGCUGUCACCAACCGAACCAAUGUCGCCAAGAUCCUGGAAGCUACAGGCACAUCGAUCACAACAAAGGGCAACUUUUACCCACCAGGCAAAGAGGUUCCCGCAGGAGCCGAACCAAAACUGUAUAUUCUCAUCGAAGGCGAUACGGAGGUUGUUGUUGGAUCCGCUCUCAGCGAACUCACACGCCUAUUAAGAGAAGGAACAAUAGCUGCUGCAGAUGCUGACAGUCGAGCACCAGCCAGUGGACGAUAUACAAUUACCUAG